AUGCUAACGCCGAGCAUAACAGAGGAUGACCUCCUUGCCUUUCAGAUCUCUCACUUUGGCGACGAUAGCAAACCAGCUGAAUGGUUCGUGGAUGCCCAAACAGCACUUGCCUCAGCUACUUCCGGCGAUGAUGGACGACAAGACGACCUCGGACACUAUGCCGACGGCAAGAUGCGAAUGCUGACCGACGAACAAAUUGCCCUGUUCCGACAUAGCGAGAUCGAGCUUCUGCUCCGCGAGAGGAGGCUACGACGCGACGAAGAAGAUUACCAUGCACGUGAUGUGGGUACAGUUGAAGGAGGCGACGAAGAAGAGGAUCGCGACCACGAGAAUUUCACUACUCACUCAGACUCGAGUCUGGAGGACGACCUGGUCGGUCUGGCGCAGCCGCCAACACAACCACCACCAAGACCCACACCUCCAACUUCCACCUCAAGGCAGAAGCCAAAGCACAGGAAGUCCGCCGCAGCGAAGAAGCGUGCCAAGCGCAGGCAGUCUCAAACCAAUCCAAGUGAUGACUCAGCGUCCACGGGAUCCAUGCAACGACAUCGUGCACAGGAGGUACCUUACGACCAACGGAACAAGCGUAGAUGGGAAGAUUAUAUCGAGGAUACCGACCCCGUCCACGGCUCCAUUACACAUCGUCGAAUGGUGCGAGAGCUCGAUCAACAUUUGGCUGAGGCAGUUGAGGUAGAUUAUGGCGACGAGUAG